UGUGACCAUUAGUAUGACGAGUUUACUAUGCGACUCCUGACUGAACGUAACCGGCAGGUUGCUGUUUUAUGUUAUUUUUUGGGCGUGUUAAGCAUCAAACUGGACUGUUUCCUCAUCUUAGAAAGGGAUGAUUGACACAGAGAGGGAAAUUGAUGAUGCUGGUGCCACAGAGUCCAGCAGUAAGACCAAGGAGACAGAAAAGAAGAAGCGUUCCCGAGUGAAACAGCUGCUGGGGGAUGUGAAGAAGCAGGUGGAGUUCUGGUUCGGAGAUGUCAACCUUCACAAGGACCGCUUUCUGAGAAAGCUCAUUGAUGAGUCAGAUGAUGGAUAUGUUGAUAUAUCUGUGCUGGCAAGCUUCAAUCGAAUGAAAAAGCUGACAACUGACACCAAGCUGAUUGCAAGGGCACUGAAAAACUCAUCUGUAGUUGAGGUUAACUUGGAAGGCAAUAAAGUACGGCGUCAGCUUCCAAUCGGAGACGAACCAAAUGAUACAGACAGCCGCACAGUCUAUGUGGAACUUUUGCCCAAGGAUGUGACCCACAGCUGGAUAGAAAGAGUGUUCACAAAAUGUGGGAAUGUGGUUUAUGUUAGCAUCCCCAGAUACAAGUCUUCUGGUGACUGCAAGGGUUUUGCGUUUGUAGAAUUUGAGAGAAAGGAACAAGCACAGAAAGCCAUAGAGAUGCUGAACAACCCCCCUGAAGAUGCUCCCAGGAAACCAGGGAUUUUCCCCAAGACGAAAAGUAGGAAGCCUAUUCCUCUGCCAGCUGACAAUCCACCAUCAGGUGAAGAAGAGGAGAAGAAAAAGAGAAAGAAGAAGAAAAAGAAAGAAGGUGCCACAGUACCAGUGCCCGCAGAAGAUGCCAAAGAGCAGGCGAUGGAAGCAGAACCAUCAGGGGCAAAGAGAAAGCACUCAGCAGUGGGAGAUUUUGAUCCAGAGCUAGCAAGCACUCAGAAGACACCGGGCAAAUUGUCAGAGAAAAAAAGACGACGGUCACAGACAGUAGAGGGAUCAGACAGUGACGUACCAUCUAAGAUAAGAAAAACCAGUGAAAGUGAAUCUGGAGAAAAGGAGAAAGUUGUAGCAAAGUCUGAUCCAGCCACUAACAGUGGAACCGAGAAAGUUGUUGAGGAAGGGAAAGAAAAUAGAGAUGAUUCAACCAUUAAAGCAAAGAGGAAGAGAAAAAAGAAACACAAAGAAAAACUGAAAAUCGGGGAGGAAGUCAUCCCAUUGCGUGUUCUGUCAAAGAAAGAGUGGCUUGAACUGAAGGAGGAGUAUUUGACCUUGCAGAAGCGCAGCAUGGCGUCCCUGAAGAAGUGCAUUAGUAAGAUUGAUCAAAAGGAGCCCAAGAGUCUCAUGGAGACAGAGAAUGAUCCUCAAGAUGGAAACAUUGAGAAGAGUAACAAAAGUGAAAAAGCAACUAACCAAGGACCUCAGUUUACCAGUGGUGUCAUCAUGAAGAUUACAGACAACAAGCCGCUACCAGGGAGAAAGUUCAUCAAAGAUGCCUUGUGCAAAAUGUCACCAGUGGCGUACAUUGACAUAAUGGAGGGAGAUGCUGAGGGUCACAUCCGCUUUCAUACCCCAGAGGAAGCUAAAGCCGUUAGUGAUGCCAGAGCAGAGCUACAGAAGGAGCAUAGCUGGAAACUUGAAAUUCUCUCAGGUGACCAUGAACAAAGGUACUGGCAGAAGAUCCUAGUGGACCGCCAGAUCAAGUUGAAUCGUCCAAGGGAAAAGAAGCGGGGUACAGAGAAGCUCAUAUCCAAAGCAGAAAAAAUCAUCCUUGCCCGGGCCAAGGAGGCAAAUAAGCACAUCCGUUUCCAAGAAGACUGACAGCUGCUGAAACUACAUUUUUUUUUACAACAAUACAUGUUUAACUCUGUAGAAUUUACAUGAUGUGAUCUGAAGGGGACAGAUGGUGUUAAUGUGUAUUUAGCUGGAAGAGAACUGAAAGAAGACUUGAACAACAGCAAAUUAGUUAAAAUGUCCCCUUAUUUUUUGUUUUUCACUGGAGCGCCCGAAAUGACGUGGAAUGCUGCUAUGCAUAUUGACAUUUUGGCAACAUUUUUUUUUUAAUUGUUAACUUUUUUUUUUUU